CCUAUAAAGUAUUUGUUAUGUAAGAAUUUUUUUUUUAAAAAAAAAACAAAAAGUACUCCGUUUUUGUUAUUAGAGCCUUGUAUUUUUUUCAAGAAACCCUAUUUAUUGUUGUACUUCUUACGGAGUAUUUUUUUUUUGGUGAGAAUUAAACCCAACUUUUUUAUAUCCAGUAAUUAUUUUGAAUAAUAAUUGCAUAUUAAAAUUACGUAGUAUUUGAUCAACAAUAACGAAGACCCUAGUAUAUAUUUUUAAUUAUAUCAGGAUCCAUUAUGAAAAUCAUCUAAUUAUUGGAUAAAAAGAUAACCAAAUUUAUGUGGACUAGAUUUUUUUUUUAAAAAAAAUUAUUCAUAAAAAAAAAAAAGAUAUAUGUAUUUUAAAGGAAAAAUCAAACACGGUAGAUAACUGAUUGAGGAUGAAAAAAAAAAAAAAAAAGAUAAAGUUGCAUCUUCAAUAAGAAAACUUUUUUUUUGACGGGAAACAAUAAGAAAACUUGAAAACAUAUACGUUUAUCUUAUGGAGAAAAACAUAUAGUUCAUAUAAUCCAAGUCUGUUUAUUGUCAUGAAUAAUUGGAUAAGUAUUAGAUAAUAUAAUUAAAAUUAAUCCAAACUAAAAAAAACAAUUAUCUUUUAGUAUACAAUUUCCCUAUAUAAAGCCUUCACCCUCAACAUCAAAAGGCACAACAAAAUAAGCUAUUAACUCGAUUAAUUUAGUGUGACAAACGUGAAAAAGAGAGAAAUUUAAGAUAAUGGGGAAAGGAGGAAGUGCUAGUGAUGUUGCUUCUGUUUCAGAGAACAAGGCUGCUUGGUUAUAUGGAGUUAAUGAUCUUCGUAUUCUUCCGUUUAAGCUCCCUGCUCUCGGACCUAAAGAUGUGAGAGUAAGAAUGAAGGCUGUUGGGAUUUGUGGGAGUGAUGUGCAUUAUUUAAAGACAAUGAGCUGUGGUGACUAUCAUGUGAAAGAGCCUAUGGUGAUCGGUCAUGAAUGUGCCGGAGUCAUUGAAGAAGUCGGGAGUGAGGUUACUUCACUUGUUCCGGGGGAUCGAGUAGCUCUUGAGCCCGGGAUUGGGUGUUGGCAGUGUAACCGGUGCAAAGAAGGGUCUUACAAUCUCUGCCCUGAUAUGCGCUUCUUUGCUACCCCUCCCAUUCAUGGAUCUCUUGCUGAUCAGAUUGUGCAUCCUGCAGACUUAUGUUUCAAGCUGCCUGAAAAUGUCUCAUUGGAGGAAGGGGCAAUGUGUGAGCCAUUAAGUGUUGGUGUGUAUGGUUGUCGCCGAGCUAAUGUUGGUGCUGAGACUAAUGUUUUGAUCAUUGGUGCUGGACCUAUUGGCCUUGUCACAUUGCUGUCAGCUCGUGCUUUUGGCGCUCCUAGAAUAGUAGUAGCAGAUGUGGAUGAUCACCGUCUUUCUGUUGCAAAGAGUCUUGGUGCUGAUGGAGUUGUUAAAGUUUCAUCAACUAAAGAGUUUGUCUCAGCAGAAGUGGAUGAGAUGAAGAAAAUAAUGGGAAAAGAUAUAGAUGUAACUUUGGAUUGUGCUGGUUUUGAGAAAACUGUGUCAACUGCUUUCGGUGCUACUCGUAAUGGUGGUAAGGUGUGUUUGAUUGGAAUGGGUCAUUGCAAUAUGACAGUUCCUCUUACACCUGCUGCAUCAAGGGAAGUAGAUGUGUUGGGUGUAUUCCGAUACAAGAAUACAUGGCCACAAUGUAUAGAGUUCAUAAGCACCGGGAAGAUUGAUGUGAAACCUUUGAUUACUCACCGAUUUGGAUUCACUCAAGAAGAUGUGGUGAAGGCUUUUGAGACUAGUGCUAAGGGUGGCAAAGCCAUUAAGGUCAUGUUCAACCUUUAGAGGAUAGACGGUUUAGGGCAUUAGUUGAUUAGUAUUUUCACCAAAACAAAUACUUUUUUUAGGAUCUCAGAGAUACAAUUUUUAAUUAAGAUUUCGAUUAUGUAACGUGUUAUCACAAAUAU